AGUUGUCGCCAUCAUAUCAGGCUAAAUGUGGAGCUAGCUCUAAGUCUGUCAGUCGUUGUGUUCGAGGAUAUAAAGUUGAUCAUAUUAUAAAUCUUUUCUUUGUUUCUUUUUGAUCUGCUGUGAUGUUAUUAGUCAGUAAACGCGUCCAGCUCGGUCGCAGCACUUUGUAGUUUUCUCAUUUUAGUGCUGGUUUGUUUGCAGAGCAGAGCAGGAGUCUUCUUGAGGAGCAGCAAGGGGCGGCGGGCUGCUAAUGCUCCCGCUAGCAAGUCAGCUGGCCAGCAAGCGAAUCAUCCAGAGAAUAUUGAAGGUUAAAGGUGAAUAAAGCCGCGUCUGUGGACGUCGUUGCUGCAUGCUCGCACGGUAGUUUUCUGCGGCUAUCUCCCGUUAAAGAGUCGGAACUGUCCGCAGCCAAGGAGCUAGAUUAGCAGCGUCACAGAGCUAGCUGGGAAACCAAGAAGAUCUACAGCUAACAAAGCUAACUCAAUAACAACAAACCGGGAUUGAUCAGCGGCGCUGGAGGAGCUGGCAUCGUCACAUUUCCUGUCUUUAACACUCGGCUGACAACUUGGAGGAUGUCUGAGGGGGACAACAAACAGGCCCAGGACAAUAUCCAGGACAUGAAGCAAGAGUCCAUGGCCCCUGCUCCUCUGGGUCAAGCUGUGUCAUCGGUGUCGCCUCCGGUCUCCAUGGUGACCCAGCCUCCAGCUACAGCCGCCACUGAGGACGAGGAAGAGGAGAGCGAGGAUGAGUCAGAGAUUCUGGAGGAAAGCCCGUGUGGACGCUGGCAGAAACGCAGAGAAGAGGUGAAUCAGCGAAACGUUCCCGGGAUUGAUAAUGCUUACUUGGCCAUGGACACGGAGGAAGGAGUUGAAGUUGUGUGGAAUGAGGUCAUGUUCUCAGAAAGGAAGAAUUUCAAACUGCAGGAGGAAAAAGUCAAAGCAGUUUUUGACAACUUGAUCCAGCUCGAGCAUCUGAACAUCGUGAAGUUCCACAAGUACUGGGCAGAUGUGAAAGAGAACAGAGCCAGGGUGAUUUUCAUCACUGAAUACAUGUCAUCAGGGAGUCUCAAACAGUUCCUGAAAAAGACAAAGAAAAACCACAAGACCAUGAAUGAGAAGGCCUGGAAGCGCUGGUGCACACAAAUACUGUCCGCUCUCAGUUACCUGCACUCCUGUGAACCUCCCAUCAUCCAUGGCAACCUCACCUGUGACACCAUCUUCAUCCAGCACAACGGCCUCAUCAAGAUAGGCUCAGUUGCUCCAGACACCAUCAAUAACCACGUGAAAACCUGUCGGGAAGAGCAGAAGAGCCUUCACUUCUUUGCUCCUGAAUAUGGAGCUGUUGCCAAUGUUACCACAGCCGUGGAUAUCUAUUCCUUUGGAAUGUGCGCCUUAGAGAUGGCCGUGUUGGAAAUCCAGAGUAAUGGAGAUUCGUCUUAUGUAUCCCAAGAAGCCAUAAACAGUGCCAUUCAGUCCCUCGAGGACCCAUUGCAACGGGAGUUUAUCCAGAAGUGUCUGGAAGUGGACCCCAGUAAGCGACCCACAGCGAGGGAGCUGCUGUUUCAUCAGGCCUUGUUCGAGGUGCCCUUACUCAAGCUGCUGGCUGCACACUGCAUCGUCAGCCACCAGCAUAUGAUUCCAGAAAAUGCUUUAGAAGAGAUGACCAAGAACAUGGAUCCUAACUUGGUGAUUGUUGAGGCCAAGGACGGAGUUCAGAUGAAGCUCUCCCAGUUUCCUGCUCUUGAGCUGGACAAGUUCUUGGAAGAUGUCAGGAAUGGGAUUUAUCCUCUGACGGCGUUUGGGAUACCGUGUCCACAGCAACCCCAGCAGGAGACGGUCAAGUCGCCCAUAGUGCCCCCCUCUGUGAAAACCCCGACUCCUGAACCUGCAGAGCUCGAGACCAGGAAGGUCCUUCAGAUGCAGUGUAACAUUGAGCCUGUUGAUGAGGGCACCAAGCAUCAUCUGACUCUGCUGCUGAAGCUUGAGGAUAAACUAAACAGGCACCUAAGCUGCGAUUUGUUACCGAAUGAGAACGUGCAUGAGCUGGCUGUGGAGCUCGUUCAGCUGGGCUUCAUCAGUGAGGGCGAUCAGCCUCGGCUUGCGUCCGUUCUUGAAGAGGCCUUCUCAAAGUUCUACAGCCGGAACGGUUCUCUCAAUCCGGUGACUGUUUCCUCAUAGCAGAGGACUUGCUCAGCCUUCUUUCAGCCCUCCUCGUCCUCUACAUCAGGACUAGCUUUUUGCUCCACCUCUGAGUUGCAAGGGAAGCUUUGUGAGGACGGAGGAGGGAAGCCUUGGUCUGACUGCAGAUCCUGCAGCCUGUCGUCGUAUCUUCCGGUGGGAAAAGCCGCCACUAAGUGGUUGUCGCUUUCUAGCUUCUUUUUUUUUUCUCUCCCUCCCACCCAAUGCAGCCAUCUGCUUCUCUUGUGAAAGAGGAAACCUAGUCGCAACUUACAGGAAAAUGCAAGAUGUUUUCACUUUUUGGCUUCUUUCUGUCAUUUCAGAAAUAGUGAUGAAAUGAUGGUGGUAAGCCAAAUGAAACUGGAUAGCAUUAUGUUUUCCUUAAGUCAGUAUUAAAACUGUAUUUUAAACAUUUUUACUUCAAACUGUUAAAUAGUUGUCUGUAUAAAAAAAGAUCUUUUCCCGGCACACUGAAGUGUAUGUGUUAUGGUGUUGUAAGGUUAAGUCUGGUUGUCUGGUCCUUUAAAACUUUGUUUUUGAACAGCGAGUGAGGCAUCUUCCUACCUUGAGACUCUCAAAUUCAUCCAGUGUGUAAUGCAACAGAUGUAAUGUCACUUUUUACUUUUUGAAUUCUGUAAUUAAACAACAUUCAGCUGCAACACAUUCUGAGAAAGUACAGCUAAAAUAUAUAUAAAAAAGUGAACUAUUUAUUUGUGUAUCUUCUCUUGAGUGUGUACUGUACCUCACUUCCAGCACUAAAAGGCCAGUGGUUGUUUGAAUGUUUGCUUUAGUUGCUCCUUUGUUUUAUUUUUGAAACCGAGCUAUUGUUUUCUAUAAAAAAGGGGGCGUCUUCACUCAAUUGUGGUCCAACUAAUACUGCACUUAUUUUAAAGGCUUAACCAGUCCAACAUGUGUCUUUAUUUGACGUUUAACACAGGGCAAGCUGAAGGUCAAAGGUGAAAAUGAUUUGAAGUUGAAGUACAUGAUCUGAUAAACGUUUGUCAACAGGUUUGGUGAAUGCAUGCCUUUCUGUGUUUUAAGGGGAAAACGAUGCACGCAAAAAGCCUGGUUCUGAUCUCUGUUUGGUUUUAUUUGAUGAUGGUGACGAGGAAUUUGUCAUGCAGAGGAUGUUUGGUCAGUUGAGGCCUGUUGAUAUUAAGAGUACCAGGCUCAGACCAGAGCUAAAACUUGCUCUUCCACAUAGUUAUUCAGUUUGUUGCUUUGACCCUCCUUCUGUGUUGACUUGUUUGGGAAUCUCUCGGCUAGUUUGCACUGCUGUACACUUUUAAAUGCUCUUUGAAAUGUCCCGUGGCCUCUGGCUCCUUCACUCCCAAAAAGGAAACUUUUAGAUGAAUUGGAAAUGGUGUCAAAAAUUGAGUCUGUGCUCCAGUGUUGUCUACUCUAUGCUGUGACUAUCUUCUGACAGGGUCUGUAGAUACUGCGUGAAUCAAGUGUGGGACUGCCUGGCAUGCUUGUAACCAUCUUGUACACUGUAUGCUGGACACUGCUCUGUUUCAGCUGCUCAUUUACCCCCUUUUUUCACUUCCUGAAAUAAAAAAAUACACUAUCAGAA